AUGACAAAUAACACUCUGGAAGAAGCAGACCUUUUCGAAAAAGGAAACCACUACUAUCUCGACAAUGCUAAGGUGUUAGUAUACGGCUUGAAUGACGCUACAACACUAGCGGUCCAACACGUGUGCGAUAAUGCGACAGAGAGUUAUGCGAGCAAGAUCUUAAACUGGCCCAAUGGACGACUCGAGAAGCCACAUGUAUGUAGAGUGGACGCUCAAGACGGGAAACUUCAAAAUGUGGAUGAUUGCAAACAUCGAUUCGUGAACCAGUUUCGUGAGCUCUUUCAAUCAUCCCCGCCUUACGACCUGCCCCUAUAUCCUCAUGCUUUCGUUGUUGUCGACAUGGAAAAGGUGCAAAGCAACGAAACCGUUACUCUUGCUGUUGUAUACGAGUCCGAUGAGCAGUGGAAGAUACGACAUUGUCCAGUCCCCAUUCAGGUUGAGCUUGGUCUGACGGUUGAAAGCUUGAGAAUGGGCGAUAUUACAGAAGAGGAUGUUCCGAACCAGUUUUCUGAUUUACACAAUGAUAGUAACUAA